AUGCAGGGAAUGAUAAAAAGCUUUGGUAAUUUUUUGAAGAGCAAAAAGACGAAACUAGCGCUGUUAUCGAGAAUUUUGCUUGUUUCGACCUUUAUUGAUGAUGGCACUAGAAUGCUUUGGUUUGAUAGCCAUCUAGUUGAGUAUGCGUCGGAAAAUACAGUUGGCGUAACCGACUCUUAUUUCGGCUACCUCAUGUUUCUCCUCAACGCGAUUUUCUCCAUCGGCGGUAGUAUCACUCUCCUUGCUGGAAAGCGCCCUCAACUCGGCUGCUUCAUUCUCGCCGCCGCGACUGUCACGCAAAUUCUCAUAACCCUGUUUGGCUACAAGACUCAACUCGCCGCAAUCACCUUCAUCGUCCUCACUUUUCUCCACGCCUUCAUCAACUACGACUUCUGGCUCUACUUUGGCACCUGGGACUAUGAAAACAAGAAGUUCCUCUUUUUCCAAUCCCUAUCAGCGAUCGGCGGAAUCAUGCAGAUUCUCGUCUAUGGCGCUGGCGAAAUUUCUGUCGAUGCAAUUUUGAAGAAAGAUUAA